CGGAAGGGCACGGCUGCGGCGGGAGCGGCGCCGUUUCCCCUCAGGCGCCGCUCGCCAUGAGCUUCCUCUUUGGGAGUCGAUCUUCGAAAACAUUCAAACCCAAGAAGAAUAUUCCUGAAGGCUCCCAUCAGUAUGAACUCCUGAAACAUGCAGAAGCCACCCUGGGGAGUGGUAACCUUAGGCAAGCAGUUAUGCUGCCAGAGGGAGAGGACCUUAAUGAGUGGAUCGCAGUUAACACGGUGGAUUUCUUCAACCAAAUCAAUAUGCUCUAUGGGACCAUCACAGAGUUUUGCACAGAGGCCAGCUGUCCAGUCAUGUCUGCUGGACCAAGAUAUGAGUACCAUUGGGCAGAUGGCACCAACAUAAAGAAGCCAAUUAAGUGCUCAGCUCCAAAGUACAUUGAUUACUUGAUGACAUGGGUUCAGGACCAGCUGGAUGAUGAAACCCUCUUCCCUUCAAAGAUUGGCGUCCCUUUUCCCAAGAACUUCAUGUCGGUGGCCAAGACCAUCCUGAAACGGCUAUUCCGCGUGUACGCCCACAUUUACCACCAGCACUUUGAUUCUGUCAUGCGGCUGCAGGAGGAGGCCCACCUCAACACCUCCUUCAAGCACUUUAUCUUCUUUGUGCAGGAAUUUAACUUGAUCGACAGGCGGGAGUUGGCUCCACUGCAGGAACUGAUUGAGAAGCUGGGCUCCAAAGACAGAUAAACGUUCCCCAGGAGGACCCAUUCAGCUUCUGGUUGUACCUGUUCCUUUCUGCUUUGUACACCAGCUAUUCUCCCUUUCACCUUCAGCAGUGCAAGCCUCAAGAAGCUGGACGAUGUGCUGGCUGGCAUCACCUCAAUCUUGCAGGCCUUUGGCAAUACAGUGUUUGUACUGUACAGUGGCAGCCUGCAUUGUUUUAUAACUGGUGGCUGAGCUGUGGUGACUAGCGCUACUUCGUACAUUUUUUUCUAAGCUAUGUACUCAAGUCUGGCAAGAAUUGCAGUCUGGGACU